GUGAACCGUAACUUUUUCCGAUGUUGUCCGGUGUGAUGUUGAAUUUUCCAGUUUUUCCGAAUGUUUUGGAUUGAAGUAAAAUAAUUUCGGUCGCAUAUCGCUAGUGCAGGUGCAACUUUCAAAAGAUCGCCCCCAUUUUAUACCAAAAUUGCAUAUAUGCCGUCCCCACGCCGUUUUUAAAAUGGAUUCUUCAUGACAAUGGCCUUAAAUAAACAAGGCUAAAAUCAUAAGAUGUCACGGUCGACCCAAUUUUACACCGUCGAGGUGGGCGAUACCAAAUUCACCAUAUUGAAGAGAUACCAGAACUUGAAGCCCAUUGGUUCGGGAGCUCAAGGAAUCGUUUGUGCUGCCGUGGACACCGCAGCCCAACAAAACGUCGCCAUCAAAAAGCUCAGUCGACCUUUUCAGAAUGUCACUCACGCCAAGAGAGCGUACAGGGAAUUCAAGCUCAUGAAAUUAGUGAACCACAAGAAUAUAAUCGGUUUGCUGAACGCCUUCACUCCUCAACGGACGCUCGAGGAAUUCCAAGAUGUCUACUUAGUCAUGGAGUUGAUGGACGCCAACCUUUGUCAGGUCAUACAAAUGGAUUUGGACCACGAACGGAUGAGUUAUCUACUCUAUCAGAUGCUGUGCGGCAUAAAACACUUACAUUCCGCCGGGAUAAUACACAGGGAUUUGAAACCGAGCAACAUCGUAGUGAAAUCGGAUUGUACGUUGAAAAUAUUGGACUUCGGUCUAGCCAGAACUGCCGGUACUACCUUCAUGAUGACACCGUACGUGGUGACCAGAUAUUACAGGGCCCCGGAGGUCAUUUUGGGCAUGGGGUACACGGAGAACGUGGACAUUUGGAGCGUCGGUUGCAUCAUGGGCGAAAUGAUACGGGGAGGUGUGCUAUUCCCCGGCACCGAUCACAUAGAUCAAUGGAAUAAGAUUAUAGAACAACUUGGAACGCCUUCCCAGCAGUUCAUGGUGCGACUCCAGCCGACUGUCAGGAACUACGUGGAGAACAGACCGCGAUAUCCCGGUUUCACGUUCGAGAAACUCUUUCCGGACGUCCUGUUUCCGUCGGAUAGCAGCGAGCACAACAAGCUGAAGGCCUGCCAGGCCAGAGAUUUGCUCUCGAAGAUGCUGGUGAUCGAUCCCCAGACCAGGAUAUCAGUCGACGAUGCUCUGCUGCAUCCGUACAUUAACGUGUGGUACGACGAACAGGAGGUUAAUGCGCCUGCACCUGGACCGUACGAUCACAGUGUAGACGAGAGAGAGCACACAGUGGAGCAAUGGAAAGAACUCAUCUAUCAGGAGGUGAUGGAGUAUGAGACUUCCCACGGAAGAGCAUCUUCCAGUUCUCAGCUGAGCCCAGCCGUUAAUAGUGAACCCAACGGUAUAUCUUAGUCUCUCCGUUAAAUAAUUAAUCGAUAUCGAGUUUUUUUUGUUUUCGUUUAAUUCUUGUGAGUUUCGCUUGAUUGUACCUGUCAUGUAACGUGUAAUUGACGAAAGUCUGUGAAUGUUGGUGAUGUUAGACUCGAAAGUUUUGUUUCCCGAUGGAAUUAUUAACGUGAAACUUUUGGGUUACAGAUUAAGAUUAAUGAAAUGAUAUUAAUAUACAGACUUUCCUUUUUUUUAUUGGUUCACGUGGAAGAUAAUUUACCUCGAUUUGUUUUAAAGCAACUGGCGUAUUUCUGAUUGUUAAGGUUUUCAUUCAUUGUAGACAAUAAUUGUGAAAAUUAUCUUCUGUGAGAGUUUGUUUUCGACAUUACCUUUUGAUUGAACCGAAAGUGCACCUUCGAGCAAGUCAAAAUAAAAGGGAAACUGGAAAUGAAUCUGAUACGUCCGAUGUUUCAGCAUUCUCUUUUGUUUCACUUAUUGGAAAUUCUAAUUGGCAUUGUAUAGAGGAACUUCUCUUAGAAAUCGAUGUAACAUUAAUCCAUUUGUGAUUUCGAAUGAAUAAAUUUUUUGCAUCGAUUUCUUCAGUACGAGCGAGAGAUGGUAUAUGUACUGGGUGUAGUAAUUAAUGCACUGCUAAACAACGUGAUUUUAUGUAUUCUUUUGCAAGUUUAUGAGACAUUUCUUGGAUCCUACAGUGUAACUAGUGAGCUCAUUUCUACACCACAAUGUAAUUCACUUUUGAACAACAGAAUGAAAAAUUACAAAGCAUUAUAAGCAAGGGUACAUUGCUAUUACUUGCACCGGUGCAUGACUAUCCGUCAUCUCUGUUCAAAACUAUCAAAAUUGUAUUAUUUUUUGUUAUAAAAUUGUAUUGAUUAUUCCGCUAAAAAAUAUCGCGUUCGUGUUGUAAUUGAUUCAACCAGAGUAUUGACAGUUUUACCGCCCCCCUUGCGAUUCACCAAAAAAAUUACCAUUUUGAUUUCUCUUUUGCAGGUUAUUGAUUUCGAAGCACAAAUUCAACUUCAUCUCUAUUAGUAUUUAAAUUGUAUUUAUAAUAAUAAUUGUUAACACCAACGACAGAAUAGUUCUUCACGAUAAAAAGUUGCAGUUAUAUAAAAAAAGUGACUAAAGAAACGUUUUGUCUCUGUGUCAGAGCUGGUCGGGUUAAAAUUUGUUGUUUGAUUACAGUAUUAAGUACAGGGUGUAUUCAAAAUUAUGACUAAAAACUCUUGGGAUAAAUGGAAAAUUGUUUAAAAAUCUAUCAGAGAAUCGGUGAUCUCUAAACUCUAAAGCAUGAUCUGUUAUAAUGACACUGUCCAUUUGGAAGAUAUAUCAAAUUUAUUUAUAUCCCAUAAGUACCUUAAAUAUAUCUCAGCUUUUGGGAAUCGCCCUAUAUUAAAUAUCACAGGAAGGAAGUAGAAUAAACAACAGUAAAAUGCAGUUUUGACACAUAGAUUAAAUUAGUCUCCCUUUGUAUUGUAAUAUACUCGUGUCUAAUCAGUAGGAGUGUGAUAUACAUUAUACAUAAUAAUAUAUUAUAUAAAAGGUUAAAAAUGCUAGUUUGUAAUUAUCAUCUUUAUUUUAUUACGUAUUUGGACUGAACGAGAUUUUAAAAAAUGUCGAGUAGAACGUUUUCAUCGCGAAUUCCUACUUUACUUUUGAUGACUGAUAGUGCCUUUAGUUUCUUAACUUUCGAAUACUUAAUUCCGCUUAAUAACUAGAUAUUCAAUUUACAAUCGGAUGGUUUAUUAACCGGGUACAAUGGAGAGGAAUACAUUAAUUUUUUUAAACUAUAAUGUAAUUUUUAAAGUAUAAUGUAGAAUGCUUAUUUUCUGUUGUAAUGAAUCAUUUCAUUUAUGCUGAAACCGUCUAUCACACAUCACACUCUCCAUUAUGCGAAAAAAAUUACGUACAAGGUGCUCUAAUAGUGCAGUAAAUCUCAUUUAUUUAAGUUCUUUAAAAUAAUAUUUAUUAAUGCACAAUAAUUUCAGCUCGUUUUAAGAAUUUUAUCCUGUUUCCAAUCAUCCAUUCAGUUAAUCCUAGGAUUUUAAAUAUGUAGUAGUUUUCAUAAGUAAUUCAUUAUUUUGAAUCUUAUUAGCAUCAUAUACGAGCUAUGCAGCAUUACUGGCACACUUUGUAUUUUCAAAAAAAAUGUCGCGAAUUGUCCGUUAAACGCCAUCAGGAUUUUAGGAAACCAGGGUACAAAAAUUCAGUCUCGAACAAGUCCAUGUAAAGAAAAAAAACUCUUAGUAUUCGUUUUACGUGAUUAAAUCCGAGUUAUAAAGGCUUCUUUCUCUUCCUGAUCUUCGAAAACCGUCACUAAAAUUCCACUAUUCCUCACUAGCUUCCUAAUGAAAACUCAGUCGACAGACUAUUUGGAACGUAGCGUAGCGUAGAGAAAUUCUUCGGAUUUAAGUUAGGUGUUUAAAAUGAUUCACUAUCAAUGAAUGUACAAAUCUGAUAAUUCGAAGUAGUUUAGCUGUUUUAGAGUUUGUACAUGUUUGGAAAUAUAGUCGAAAGUAAUCAUCUCUAUGAUGAUUUAGCAGCUUUAAUUCGCUAUAAGAAAAUUAAUUACUGCUACUUAACUGGCUCUUUCGAGUUUUUUUUAUUAACUAUGCGUUAUAAAUGCGCUCCUUUGAAAUAUUGUACUUAAUUUUUAACAUCAAAACUUGACAGAAAAACAUUAUGUAAGCUUUAAAUAAAAUUUAAAUAAAGCCUUAAAUUCUAGAGUGCGCAAAUAGCUUACAAUUUCGAAAGGUUGUUUUAAAAUCACUUUAGAGUAAAGUGAUGGGCCAUUUAGGAAGAAGUAUAUUAACAGGAAAAGUUUCCAAAAUUGUACAAACGUGGGGCGAUUGUUUUGACCAAAUCCGAAAAAAAAUCAGAUUAACAAUUAUUAAAAUUGACUAUUUAGUAGUAGUAACGUGAAAUUUGGCCAAAAUAACGCCCGAUCUAAAGGCUCAUCUUGUCCUUUUAAAAUGUAGCUGUAAACGUCUUAAAAAUAUUCAAGUAUAACAUUGUAUAUUAGUCUUUUUAUCUUUGUUGAUUUUAAGUUAAAAUUUUAUUUUACCGCCGUUUGUAUAAGUGUAUAGGUGCUUUUUAUUUUAUAAGUUAUAAAUUUUUAAUUUGUAUGUUUUGUUAACCAUUUUUUUGAAGACUGCUAAGUAGGAAAUUUUAAUUGGCAAAAAUUUUUUAUUUUGUACGAGUGUUAAUGGGGAAAUGACCAGUUUCUAAAUUCAAAAAAACGGAAAACUGAAUAUAAAACGGUUUUGCAUAUUUUUGCAUUGUUUUUCUUUUUAAAGAGAUCAAAUUCAAAGGUCAAUUUCUCAUUCUAAAAGUAUUUAUUACAAAUUCAAUUAAACUUACCUAUCUAUAGAAUUGUUUUAGAAGUGUUUCUUUUUUUAUUAUUAUUCGCUAAUUUUUGCAAUUUUCCUCUACUCAGUCAUUUUAUACUUGUGAUUAUUUAUAGUAUGUAUUAGAUUUGUUUGAGCUGCAAAAAAACUGUUCAAAUAAACAACCAAUUUUGUAUUACACGAGUGCGAGUUCAGAGAUGGCUUAUGCACCGGGUGCAAUAAGUAAUGCCCCAUUGCACUCAAUAGAAGGAAUGAUUACUAAAUUUUUAUUGCUAAAGUCAUGGUAAUAAUAAUGUUGUAGCGAUACUAAAUCGCCAAUUAAUGUAUUGAUUGAUAGUGAAUACAAUUUUCGGUUUUUAAUUGCACAAUUGGUUUUUUUGCAAGUUAUUUAUUUCGUUUAUCCGAGUGAAUGUUGUAAAAUUGUUAUUUUUUGUGUUGAGAAAAAUUCGUGUUUCGUUUAUAUAUCUUAGAAUAUGGUUUUAGAAUAGUUUAGUAUAGUAGAAGAUUACAAAUCAAGUAAAAAAAGCUAGAUUAGGACAAUUUUUUUACUAUUUUUUGUCGUUUAUGGUAUGUAAUGGGAAAUUAAAAUUUGCGACGAUUUUAGUUGAGAUUUUUAAGUCUACAGCGCGUCCUUAAGGUUUCAUACAUAUGUAUCGAUUAAAGACGAGAAAAUUUAUUGAAAAAUCCGUUUAUUAAAUAAUUAAAUAUCUGGAAUGCCUUCAUUCAGCAAUAUUAACGUAAUGUGCAUUACAGAGGAACGGUAAAUCAUUCCUCUGAGUCUUGAUUUGUAAACUCCGACUAUUUGUAUAGUAACUUAGCGAACUAAUUAUUAUUGGAACAAAUUCAGAUCGAAGAAAACUACAGUUUUUACGUGUAAACAAUGACAUUCUGUUUCCAGAUGUAUUAUUCAAGUAAAUCGUACGGUAAGGCGCAUCCGAUCCACAAAACUAAUGUCUGUAAAAAGAAUUAGUUGGUAAAAUAUUUCUUACAUUAAAAUAUAAGAAUUA